AUAAAUGUAAAACUGAAGUGGGGGGGGGGAGAAAAACAUGGAUAGGAAAAGCAGAUGCGGAUGAAGGAACAACAAUAAAACUAAAAAUAAUGUCAUACAAGAUUAAUUCAGAUUAUAUUGUGAAUAUGAAUCACAAAAUUGUGAGGCUAAAUAUGCAGUUAUGAGCAUUCUAAUGUUAAUGUAAUGUUGAUAUAAGAAAAUUGCUCAUUUUGAGACCGUUUAGAGGAGGUGUUAAAAUAUGAAAUUUAGGCUUACUAUUUUUGUUUGUGGGUGUUAUUUUUCUCCCUGCAAAAUGUACAGGUUUACAACAAUCUAUUGUCUCAUUUGUAUAGAGACGUAGCAAGGUAACGUAUGACCUUAAAUUCAGCAAAUCUGAUUUUAAGAUCAAAACAUUUAUAAAUUUUUAUUUUAUUUUUUUUUUACCCCAAAUACAAAAAUAUGCAUUUUAUCUGUACAUUUACACAAGCUGCAAUGCAUGUAUGCAUUUGUGCAGCACAUUAAAAGUGCACUUCCUAUGACAUCAAACUGUUUCCUAUUUAACAAGUUAUGAUGACAGCAGGGUUUUUGCAACAUGCAACAUGCAAAAUGCAAAAAAUAGAUCUUGACUGCAUCUAUAAUUAUCUCUGGGUCAGUGGUACUUUAAGUUUCUCAGUGGUCACUGAGUUUAAGACUUUAGUAAUGGAGGACAGCCAUUUUGCUUCCCCCCCCCUGCUCCAUGUGUGUUGACUUUUAAAUGUUGUAUUAUUAGGUAAAACUAAUAUCUGCUGCUUUGUUACAUGAAUCCUGAAUGGUUUGCAAAAAAUGCACUUUUAGGCACUUACAAGGUGUUACUCUUGAUAAAUGUACUUUUUAAGGGCCGCAGACAAUAUAUUGGCAGAUUUUGUGAUUUAUUACCCAAUCAUUUUGCCAACUUUUCCAAAUAACGCUAAAAGGAGACUGGAGCUGGACAUCACAGACCACCAGUACAGCGAGCCAGCUAAAACCCUCCGGAGUCGCAAGGGAGCUCUUAAACUGAAGGUCCCCAAAGCUCCCAAAACCCCACCGGAGAAGACCCGAUACGACACAUCCUUGGGAUUCUUGACUAAAAAGUUCUGUCAACUGCUGGCGCAGUCCUCCGAUGGAGUGCUGGAUCUCAAUAAAGCCGCCAUUGUGCUCAACGUCCAGAAGAGACGUCUGUAUGACAUCACCAACGUGCUGGAGGGGGUGCGCCUCAUCAAGAAGAAGUCAAAGAACAACAUACAAUGGCUGGGCUCCAGUUUGCCGUCAGAGGGUGGCCUUCCAUCUCCAGCCGUGCAGAGUCACAGCCUGGCCAGAGAGAUGCUGGCGCUCACUCAGGAGGAGAGACGCCUGGAUGAGCUCAUUCAGACCUGCACGCGUAACGUCCAGCAGAUGACUGAAGAGAUACACAGUCAGAAAUAUGCCUAUGUGACCUAUCAGGACAUCCGAAGAAUAAAGAGCCUAAAAGACCAAACUGUCAUAGCGGUUAAAGCUCCAUCUGAAACAAAGUUGGAGGUGCCUGACCCAAAGGAGAGUUUACAGGUCCACCUGAGUAGCUCCAAGGGUCCCAUUGAUGUUUUCCUCUGUACGGACGGUGGUGACUCCGGGAGCCUGUUGCAAAAUGGCCUUGAUGUGAAUGGAAAUCACCCUGCGUUUCUCAAAGUCUCCCAAGAAGCAGCUACAGAUGGAAUGGCUGAUGGUGUGAAGAUGAACGGCAUCUCUAACGGUGGCGUCAACGGUUAUGGGCCCCUGACUGGAAGUGCCCCCAUGUCACCCCUCAGUUCCUCCUUGUCUUCUAUUCUCCAGCAGCCGGAGGAGUCCAUCCCCUUCGUGCCGCUGUCUCCUGCUCUUCUCAGCGAUGAAUACAUGCUGGGUUUGGGUGACGAGCAGGGCAUAAGCGAUCUGUUUGACUCCUGCGACCUGGACACACUAGCAUUGGAUGACCUGCUCAGGAUAUGAGCGAUCCCGGGGACCGAUCGGACACGUUUUCAAGUUAGUCGAUGGGUGCUUCUUGGUUCUUGAAUGAAAUCUGGAUUGGCGAGAUUGGUGGGCAUAACUCUGGGGAUGAACUACAGACUGAACUUAAUGAAUUCUAAAAUUUUCCUUGUCGCAUUUGACAUUGACCGUUUACGCAUGGAUCUUACUGCUACGGGGAUCCAAGGUUUCUGUUGUCUGAUACUGUACAGAUGGGUUUCUGUAUCCUGAUAAUGUCAUUUUAAAGUUAUUUUUAGUGUGGUGAAUUGCAUGAGCUGUGUGAUUUGUCUAUGAACUUUGUCAUACUAGUUUUCCUGACGGCCCAUCUACAAAUAACGCCAAAAGGUCACAAUUUCGUCAUAAUGGAGUAUUUCUCUACUCUCAAUGUGGACGUUUCUGUUCAUUUGAGAAUCUCUUGCUUGCUCUCUUGGGGAAAAGGAAACAUCUCCGUAUCAUAGGCUAGCUAAGUAUCAAAGAAGAUCAGAGUUGUUUAUUGAAUGAUCCAAAGUGCAUUUGGUGCUCUUUCAUUUAGUAUGCUUUUUGCCAGUGUUCAGCAUCUCAGGGCACAGAUCAAGGAGCGAGUGCUUUGUGUAGUGAUCUCUGGGUAAAAUCAAAUUUGUUUUCCUGAGCUACGGUGUCUUAUCCCUUUUGUUACCAAAUGAUUUUGUGCAAAGAAAUGGCAAUGUUGAUGCAUUUCGGUGCGCUUCAUUGUGUAAACAACAACGUAAUGAUUCUGCGUGUUCCGGUACUACAGUUUUGGCUUAUGUUUUAAACUUUAGAUUGGAAAGUAAACUUUGGAUAUGACCCUAGUCCCCCUCAAUGUUGAAUGUAUUUCAGUAUCUGGAUUGCACUGAAGACUGAAGUCUUACGAAGCCAUCAUGGACAUCUGUGGCGUAAAUUGCCACAUGAUUAUGAAACAUUUAGUGUCCCACAGAAAAUUGUAGGGUUUUCAGUAGUUUUUUUUUUUUUUUUUUUUUUUUUUUUUGUAGCUCUAAUUAAUUCCCCAGCAUUAUUUCUCUUCUCUUUCUUUGUCCAUUCCAAUAAAUUAUUAUCCCCACCCCACAUCUUCUGGAAAAGCUUCAUUACAUGCUUAUAAACAGGCCACUGUUCUAAUACCUUUUUCAAUCUUUAUUCCUGCAAAUUAGACUGCCGAUCUGUUACUUUAGUUGUAUUUUCUGUAACCUUUUUAGGAGAGUUCAAUUGUUGAAUACUUCAAAUGUGAAGUAACUUGUUAAUGCAGUUUUUGCUGUGGUUAAAGUAAAUUAUGGUACAUAAUUUUGAAUUAGUGCUAAUGCUCACUAGUUCUCUUGAUUCUGCAUUGGAAUGAGGGUGUUGGUCAUGUAUACAUCCAUAUUGCAUAGAAAAUGUUAUGAUUAAUCACCAGUAUGUAGGCCUAUUCUAUUCUACUGUGCAGUUUGAUUUACUCAAAUGUAGAUUUUGAUUUAUUUUUUUUAUAACAAUUAAGAGGCAGUUUUGUGUGCCAAUGUGUGUGAAAAUGUGAAGUUUUAUAUGUGGAUUGUAAACUGCACAUCACUUGUUUGCAAAUUGUUUUUAAUAAAGUUAUGAAUUUCUGCAUAUUCUGCCCUACUGAUUUUGUGUAUCGUUAUAUUGUAUCACUUAAGCAAUGAUUUCAGUUUAUGUAACCAGUUCUAUGUAAAUUCUGUUAUGUCCUGAGUUGGUGCUAAACAUCAAUCAUUCAGAAUUAGUUUAUCCUGAGAUGGAUAGUUUUUUUUUUUUUUUUUUUUUUUUUUUGUCUUUAUUGGAGCUUGAGAAACUUCUGAAAUCCUCAGUUACCAAUAAAUAAAAAUAAAUAAAAAAAAAAAAA